GGGCAGGGGCGGGGGAAGCGGCGGCGCAGCAUGCUGGGCGAGUUGGCGGCGGGGGGCGCCGAGGGGCUCCUCCUGCUCCAGGACUCGGUCAGCUGCGAAGGCCGGACCUUGCUCAAGAGCUUUGUGGCUGCUUCUGCAGAAAGGGGGGAAUCUGUUCAUGUUCUUGGCUUCGACAUCCCAGAGGAAGAAUUCAAGGCAGGAUUCUCCGCCGCAGUGACCUCCCAGCUGCUUUACCACGAUGCAUUUCGGGAUCCCCUUGGCUGGACCGGGCAGGGCAGUGGCUUGACCCUGGAUGGCUUUUCAACCUCAGAACUGGUGGCACGGCUGAAGGCUGCAAAGCAGGGGCCCUCCACGGUGGUGCUGGACUCACUCAGCUGGCUGCUCCUUCGCUUGCCGCUUCCUCUUGUCUGCCAGGUCCUUGCGCAGCUGCCCAGGAGGGCAAAGGCAACAGGUCUGAAAGUCACUCGGAUUGUGGCCCUCCUUCAUGGAGAUCUGCACCAGCAGGGCCAGCUGGAGGCUCUCCAUGCCUUGGCCCCCGCUGUGGUGAAAAUCGUGCCAGCACCGGAGGGUGUGCCAAGAGGGGAUGAAGCUGCCCGUGUUGCUGUUACGCUGCACAAGAAACGGGGAGGCAAAGUGAUGAAGAAGAAAGAAUACUUCACCGUGCUCCCAAACUGGACCCUCAAAUGCCUCGGGGAGCUCCCAGUGGGUGGCCUUUCCAGAGCAGCGGAUGCCCCAGUCCCAGCUACGGCUGAUCCAGCUGCUAAUUUGACCUUUAACCUGCGCCUGUCGGAGGCCGAACGCCGGGCAAAGGAGGCGGUGCCUCUCCCUUAUCAGUUCAGCGAGGAGAAGAAAUCGUCUCUGUUACAGACAUCGACUAGCUUGGGAAAGAUCCACUAUGAGCCGGAUGCUGCUGAUGACAUCGAUGAAGAAGAUCCCGACGAUGACCUGGAUUUCUGAGAGUGAUCCGGGGUGGGAGCUGGGGUGAUGGAGGGGGCCCUUCCAGCUGGCCUGCCCUUGUUGUUGGAAGCACCCUAGAGAAGCAGCUGCCGAGCAGUUGGACACGAACUGGAUGCCUUCUGGGCCUCACCACCAGCACUCCAGCCUUGCAUGGACCAUCUCGGAGGUGAAAGACCCAGCCAACCACCUGGAAGAUCCCUGUGGAGAACUGGAGAGGAUGCUCCCUUGAGACGAAAGGCCCUGACCUCGGUUUGAAGACCUUGCAUGGCCCGUAAGAACGGCCCCAACGGAUCUGUUCAGUACACCCAAAUGAACACUCAAGCAGCAUUGAUCUUGUUUGAAGGGAGGGAAUGAACUCUGGCAGAGGGGAACUUCUUCAGCUUAGACAGCAGGACACGCCGCUGUGCCUUUUUUUGCCAUAGCCUGGAGGGGGGGGGUGGCAUUUGUUCUAAUGCUUCCAUGCAGCGUCAGUUUGACUCCCAUUAUGAAAGGGGAAGUGUGCGAGUUCCUUUGGCGCAAAUUUCUGAUGUUUAAAAUCUGUAAAGAAAGAUGAAUAAAUCCUGCUUUUGGGAUUAUCAGAUUUCAGGAACCUGCGACCGGUUUGAGACCGGAUUCACUCUUGUCGAAGGCCCUUGCUGCAGCCACCUCCUUGGGUCACCUCAGGCAAUACUUGGCUAGCUUGGCCAGAGAACAGACCUUGGGCAGGUACAUUCCUCCCUGGGAAGGGAUGCCUGCUGGUGGGCAGGAGGAAGAAAGUUUGUUGAGGGGAGCAGCGGGGGCAGAAAUCUCGCUUUAUCCAACUUGACCUUGAUCACUGUUUUCUUUUAUUAAAUCUCACUUGUUGGUAAGGAUUGAAUUUUGACCAAAUGUAUCAGGCUGAUUUCUUUCAUUCCACCUCAUUUGUCUGUUCUUAAUAAACUUGAUUCUAUCUA